UUCUACUUCAGGUUCGAGAUAAAUCGACUGGGACGAACAGCAAGAGAGAAGAAUCUGCCUCUCUUCUCUCACAGUUUGAGGUGCGUGGAUUUUAGAUCCGAAAUCGACGAGAGCUAACUGGCCCGAGUUUUAGAAAGUAGGGGAAUUGGCCAGCGAAGUCUCUGGCACGGAGUGAUCAAGGAGGGUGGUGGGGAGAGAUGGUACUGGGGUGUAUGAUGAUUUUUCUUUUCUUUUUUUUUUAAGUUCUAAAUUUUUUAAUUUUCUUUUAACUAGGAUAUUUUUUUUGAGAAGUUGCUUACCAAACAAGUUCUUGAAUUUAAAAAUUUUAAAUCAAAACUUAGAAUAUUUUUAUGAAUAAAAAAAUCAAAAUUUUGAGUCAAUUCUCAAAAGUAGGAUACCAAAGGGCCUCUCAAGAAUGUGUAUCCAACUUGGAAAACCAAGUAACCCUACAAUUAUAAGCAAGCAAGCAGAUUUAUACGACCAGAGCCGGCCUUCAUUUCUUACAUUGUUCUAGCCCUCCUAGAGGUCACAUUUCAUCAGAUAUAUUUACAAUUGUUUGAAAACUGUAGCCAUAAAUCGUAUCGCUACGAAUCAUGUCACCACAAACAUUGUUAACUCUGGCUUACUGGUCUAAAACAAACAGAAAAAACCAAGUGCCGAUCUCUGAAACACGUCCAAUCUUCUUCCGAAGAAUCUUUCGCAGUCAACUAAUCAGCCAUAGAUGAAAUCAAGGAACUCAUUUUGUUUUUAUCUCAUACAUUCUCGACUUACUUGUUGAUUGACUGACUAAACAAGUUUAAUUAAUCUUCUUAAAAACUUUGUAGUUGCAGCCUCGAUCGGUCGAACCAAAGACAACAUCUUCAUCGUGUACGCAGAAGACAGAAAGCAACUCCGUAACCAACUGCCACUUCAUCUGGCAAUAUUAAUUUUCCUGUACUUUCUUUCUCUUCCUUGAGUUCACAAACCCUAAACCCCACAGUCUCUCGACAUGCAGAAGCGAUUUCGGCAAGUUUUCACAGCUAUAAGAGAGCACAGCUCCGUGAACUAUGCCAAAAUCGCUAUGGUUGGAGGGUUUUGCAAUGUCGAACUCAUCAUCAUAAAAACCACUGCUCCUGAUGACUUGCCAUUGCCCGAAAAGUACAUUCAGGAGCUCUUGAAAAUCUUCUCCAUCUCCCCGUCUUCGUUGAGAGAUUUUUUACUCAGCUUCGCUCGCCGCUUUGGCAAGACUCACUGCUGGCGGGUUGCACUCAAGUGUCUAAUUCUACUCCACCGCCUACUCCGUUCGGUGCCUGAAGACAGCAACUUCCGGUCUGAGCUCCUUUGGGCUCAAUCCAACGGUUUGAUGUCUCUCAAUCAGUGUCACUUCCGCGAUGAUUCUUCCUCGGCUUCUGCCUAUUACAGUGCCUUUAUUAGAUCGUACGCUCAGCUCCUCGACGAAGCUCUUCAUUGCUAUUGGUUGGAUUCCAGGGCAGCGUACGACCAGCAAGAACAACGACAAUAUGAAGAAUAUCACAAACAAGAAGAAGAAUACGAAGAAGAAGGAAAAGAAGAAGAAGAGCCGGAAUUUGAGAGCUUAUCUAAUAGAAUGACGGAAGUAGGUCGAAUGCUUGAAGUGUUGCCACAGCUCCAAACCCUCAUUGACCUUGUCAUGGACUGCCGUCCCACAGGACCAGCAGCCAAAGCCUUCCUCGUCCAACUCGCCAUGAAACACAUCAUCAGAGACAGCCUCAUGUGCUACACAAUCUUCCGCAGCGAAAUCGUCGCGGUUCUGGACAGUUUGUUUCAAAUGCCAUACAGGAGUUGCAUUUUGGCUUUCGGCAUUUACAAAAAGGCAGCCGUCCAAGCAAACCAACUCAGCGAAUUUUACGAGUGGUGUAAAGCCAUGGGACUCUGCGGAUCGUACGAGUAUCCCUUCGUUGAUCAAAUCCCACACAUACAAAUUCAUGCUCUCGAGAAUUUUCUCAAUGGUAUGUGGCAGUUGACGGAGUCCUCAUCCACACCAACUUCGCCAACUUCUUCGGCCUCGGUGUCGUCAUCUUUCGUGGAGUUUUCAAGUUCCAGCACUUUGACAGAGGACGAUAUUAAGGAUUUUGUAUUUAUGUCACAAAAUGAUCAUAUUCCUGUUAGUACAAAAUGGGAGAAGUCGUUGAUUCAGUUCGAAAGAGAAGGUUAUGACGAGGAGAAGCUGUUGAUUCAGUUUGAUGAGGAGAAGCCGUUGAUUGAGUUCGAUGAUGAUAUCGUUGACGAAAGCUGGGAGACCCUGCUUGAUGCUUCCAUUAACAAGUCUCCUGAUGCUGAAACUCAACAAAACAAUGUAUGGCAGAUGCAAAUAUGCAACCCCAAUGCUCUAAAUCCUUUCUAUGAUUCCAUCAGCCAGUCAUCAGGCCAAAUUACCAUGAGGACUAUAACGUUUGCUGUAACCAAAUUUAGCUGAAAAAUGCAGGCUUUAUAUAAAUAUUGUAGGAAUUAUAUAAAUAUUUGUUUCAUUU